AUGGAGAUGGACAUUCCGCGGCGGGUGAUCAAGUGGGGCCGGCAGAGCAAGAGCGGGACUGGGCGGCAGGUCGAUCGUUUGGUCGAAAGCCCGCCACAGUACGCCGCCUGGUUUGCGCGCCUCUUCCCAUCCGUCGAUCACGUCCACUUUGUGGCGGUGCUACCCAAGGCCGAGGUUGUUGUCGUCUCUGUGGCGGCGAUCGCGGUCAACCCGGUCGGCUUGCAGUAUCGCGUCAUUCUGUGGCGGCGGCAAGGUGUUUCCCGGAACCUCGUCGAGUCUCUGCUGCAGAAGCCGCUUCACGAGCUGCUGGUGGCCAUCGAUCCAGACCUCGCCAAGUGGUCGGGAUGCUUCAAGCGGCUGGUUGUGCCGCGGGCGCAGCACGAGACCUCGCGAUCGCUGGUGGUGACUUCGAUGCUAUCGCGGCUCAACGGGACGCUGCUGCGGAUGGAAGCCGACGAUGUGGCGCCCAAGGUUGUUGCGUCUCUACUGUACGCGCGGCCCGGUGUCCGCACCAUCGAUGGUGCGCUGCGGGUCGACAGCCCUCCAUCGGCCGAGUACCACCAGUUUUUGGACCUUGUGGGCGACGUGGUGGCGCUGCGGAACUUCCGCGGGUAUUCCGGUGGCCUUGACACGAGGUCGGACGCGACUGGCGAGCACUCGCUCUACGUCGGCGACGUGGCGGGGUCGGAAAUUAUGUUCCACGUUGCGACAAUGCUGCCGGUGCCAUCUGUCCGCGACUUUGUCGACGGCAACGCCAUCCAGCUUGUCUUUUCCGAUGAUCCGUACGCAUGCCUCGAUACAUCUGUCCUGGCCUCUGUGCAGACCGACGUGGUCAUCGUUGUCUCGCCGGUCAAUGACCACGCGAUCCACGGGGCCGCGUACGCGGUGGCGGUGGCGCGCACGCACGACAUGCCUGCGUUUGGUCCCAUUCUCGACUCUGUGUACCCGCGCGGCGAGGCUUUUGCUGCUGCGCUCCGCGCCAAGAUCGUGAACGCGGCCAAGGCGUCGGCGGCCUGGCGUGCGUCGGCGCUGUAUCAGAUCGCCACCAAGCGGCGCGGCGACGCGCUCUCCAAGCUGGUGGGCUCGGUGAGUGCGUACCUUGUUCCUCUCGGGGAGUUUGUGCGCGAUGACGACGACUCUGAUGCACCGUCGCGGGCGCCGUCGUUCUCGACUUCGUUUGCGAUGCCGGGCUGUGGCGUGCCAACCAAGAGGGCGAGGGCUGCCCGGGCCAAGCGCCCGCACCGCAUCGAGAUCUUUGCCGAGCGCAACGGGACGGUGCCGGCCCCAUUUGGCCGCAGCGCCCAGCAGCCGGUCAACAAGAAGGCCAAGUCGGCAUCACCGUCGGCAUCCGCGCCGCAGCCAGGCAAGCGCAAUAGGCCCAAGAACACGUCCUCGCGCAGCGCCAAGCUCCCGAGCUCUGCGGUCGGCCUCUCGCUGCCCGAGGUUGUCACUGGCGCGCAGGUGACGUCGGUGACCAGAGUUGAGAUCGAGGGCGAACGACCGAUGACCGUCUUUGCCACCGACGUUGGCAUCUACGCCAGCUCGGACGGCCACCGCUCGCUGCCUCGGCUGGUGGCCCGCAUCGGCGACGCCAGCCAAAUCGAGGCGUUUAACGCCGUGGGCCAGCUCGUCAUCCGGCGGCAAGGGCGGUUGGAGCGGAUCGCGAUAGGGGCUCUGGUUGCUGCUUUCAGCGGCGGCGAGCUGCCUGACCCGGUCGUCAUCGCCGCAGCUGCCGACGCUGUUCUCUCUGCUGUCCUCUCGCUGCCAGAGGCGCAGUGCGUCGGGGUGGUAACUAGCGGUCCGGCGCUGCAGAUGCUGGCGUGGAGCGCCGAGGCCCGCGCAUUUGAAAUGAUCUCGUCAGCGGCGCUCCCGUUUGCGCCGGAAGCCAUCGAGGCCUCGCUGAUGCUGGUCGGCUUUAUGGUGAGCAAGGAUGUGACCUCUGUCCUCGUCCAGCUAGAGCACAACUCGCUGUUUCCCAAGCCGCCGCGCGUUUUCUGCAAGGCGGUGAGCAGCGAUGACGGCAACGCUGUGGUCUCUUUUCCGAACGGGAGCCGGCCGUACGAGACGUUGAUGCCGGCACCGUCAUGGACCGAGUCGAUGGCGUCACUCUACGGCUCGUCAAUCUCUGAGGAGUCAUCGCUGGCAUCGUCGUCAUCGGGCCACUCGGGCCUUCUGUCGCUGAGCCAGCUGCCCAAGCCCGGUGACAACGUCCUGAUCCCGUCGCCGGGCAGUGCGAGCCUUGGGCGGGCGCUGACGGCGGUGCAGUCGUCGAUUUUCGUGCCGGGUGAAGUGACCAAGGCGAGCCGGUUUCUCGGUCUACGGCCGAUCGACGCAGGGUCGAUGCUGGCGGUCUUUGACACCUUCGGUGUUGUUCUCCUCGCCGCGCCGCAGCUGCAUCCGCACCACAUCCUCAAGUGGCCGGAGCGUGCGCUGGAUGCUUUUGUGGUCGCACCGUGGCUUGUCGCAACCGUGCACGCAUCUUGCACUCGGCUCUCAUCCCUUCUUAGCCUCGCCGAGAUCGAAGAACACGCCAUCGUUGCGCCGCCGUCUACUGAGGAUCGCCACGUCACCCUCCCCACCAUCUCGCCACAUCAUCCAUAUGUCGUCGACUGGGAUGCUGAUACCCUCCUCACCUCGAUCUACGCCGUCUCGACGUAA